CUCGACACCGCCAACAGCACUAGAGACGAGCAGAUGCGCCAACGAGUAGCCGGAGGUUUAAAGGACGGGAGGAUUUAAAUUAAAUACUGUGUGAAGCAACGGCUGAUCCUUCGUGGGAGGGGGUAGACUCGGUAUCCUUAGCAGCCUGAGAGGGGGAGGAGGUGCAGAGAAUGAGCUAUUCUUGUACCAGCAGAGAGGCUGUAUGUAAUAGCCAGGACGCGUCAAGCGCCAGUGUUUCGUUAAACGGUCAUAGUUGGAGCGGGAGUGGAGGUAUCGACAGCAACAUUACCAUCGCCAACAGUCCGUCGGAACCGGACUCCGAGUCGCAAGCGGCAAUGAAAGUGAAGACAGGGUGCAACGCAACAGACGCGGGGGUCCCGGUUACAACAGAGGAGGAAUUGGUUAAAAAUAGUGUCAUAACCCCGGAGGAUGUAUUGGGAUUACAGAAUAUCACAACGAAUUAUCUAUGUGGACCAGAAAAUAAUGUACACAGCAUUGACUUCACACGAUUCAAGAUCCGAGACAUGGAGACCGGCAUGGUUCUCUUUGAGAUAACAAAACCUCCUGUCCCAGAGAGCGCCAGGGACAAGAGGGACCUGGACCCCAACGCUGGACGCUUUGUUCGCUACCAGUUCACGCCUGCCUUCCUGAGGCUACGGCAGGUUGGAGCCACUGUGGAGUUCACUGUCGGUGAAAUUCCCAUUAACAACUUCCGGAUGAUCGAGAGGCACUACUUCCGUGGCCAGCUCCUGAAGAGCUUCGACUUUGAGUUUGGCUUCUGCAUCCCCAGCAGCAAGAACACCUGCGAGCACAUCUAUGAGCUCCCGCCCCUCUCUGAUGACAUCAUGCAACAGAUGAUCCUCCACCCCUACGAGACGCAGUCCGACAGCUUCUACUUCGUGGACAACCAGCUUGUGAUGCACAACAAGGCAGAUUACUCCUACAAUGGGGGGGCCUAGGCCUCGCGCUCUCCGUCCAGAGGACAGAGGGACAGACGGACAGACAUAGUAGGAAGCAGCAUACUGGAGGAUUCGUAACGAUGCAAUGGCCUCGACCCCCCGAUCAACGCCCCCCACUCUAACCUCUCACCCCUCCACAGUCUGCAGCACCAGCGCCAUCUGUGGAGGGCAUGAUUUCAUCAGCGCAAUCACGCCUUACUCAGAAUAACUUCCCCCAACACACCCACACCCAACCUCAUAUGCCACCUCAGCCCUCCAUGUACACACUGACGACAACACACACACACACACACUCUCUCUCUCUCUCUCUCACACACACACGCACACACUUUCUCUCAAUCUCUCUCUCUCUCACACACACACACACACAAACACACACACACACACACACACAUACAUACAUAUAAUGUACUGGCAUAACCCUAUUGCACCUACAGAAAAAUCCCUGAUAUGAUACUUUGCCAAGCUGUACAUUGAAAUCUCAAACACAG